AGAUCCUCGAAGCUUUUUGUGUGGGUCCAUUUUAUGUCUGUUUCCUAGUUGCCUGUUGUCUUGUGGUACCAAGCAGGUGACAUAUUGUGGUGAUCGGAAUAACUUAGUCUCCAAAGGAAACUAUGGGGAAAUUUCACCAGUCGAACUGUGUAAAUUGUACACUGCUAGUCAUUUUACGACGUGUGAAUUUGAUUUAUCUAAUUUCAUCAGCAGAAUCCUCAAGAAGACAUUUUUGUUUGUAAGACAAUCCUCAAGUUUAAAUAUCACCUAAAUUCCAACCAUGUUAAGAAUCCUAUACUUGAUUCCCGAGGCAAUAUCACUGUAUCAGUGUAUCCCAAAAUCAACCAAUCGGGAUCAUCUUAUGAACGACCAAUCAGAGAAGAGAAUAUACCUCACUGCAUAAAAUAUCUUCCUUCCCAUCUCUGGGAUACGCACGCACAUACACACACAGGAUAUUCGUGUUAUUUUCAUAUUUUCUAGAACUAUUUAUUGAUUAGUUGAAAAAUGGGUAUUUUUAUCAAGGUUAUCCUUCCAGUCAUCCUGAUUGGUUGAUUUGAAAUCAAAUCAAAAGAUGUUUCAACAAUUUUUUUGUGCAUUAUUUCCUACGAGUUAAAAUUAUAACAAUCGAUCAGUGUAUUCAAGAUGUCGGUGGAUCUCAGUGUAUACGUGAUGAUAGCAAUAAUUUGUGCUAACAAUUUUGUAUCCGGUGAUGAUUAUUCACCGCCAAAAAUGCUAUGCCCAAGUGGUUAUUGGCCAGCUAAUGUGAAUAUUUCUGGUGGUCCGUACAGAACUGAUCGAACUUUUGAACUGCCGUAUCUUCAAGAUGCUGAUGAACCAAUAUGCCAGUUUUGUCCUAAUGUUGGCUGUUUCAUAGUACGUCUAUCAACAGAUGUGAAAGAAACGAGAUCAACACAAUCAGCGUCUAGCACUGCGACCACGUCUACUAGUACUACUACUACCACUACGAGUACGACUAUGACUGCUACAACUGCUUCGGAUACUUCCGCAGCGACUGAUACAUCAGGAACAACAAUAACAGGAACUUCAACAGAACUACCACUCACCUCUAUGCAUAAUGCGACAGAAAUUAACAAUUUAAAUGAAACUCAAGAACCAGUAAAUUCAACAGCCAAUGAUGAUUCAACUGCUCAUGAUACAUUAUACAUGUCAUGUGAUCAUUGGGAUCAACUCCCGUCACCAUCAGAUAUUGUCAGUUACCUAGACUGUGUUAUGAUUGGUCAUAGGAAGCAGUUCUAUUUAUUUAUUUAUGAACCAAGAUUUGAAACAAAGCCAUUACCAGCGGUGGAUUGUGUAGACGCCGACUUUUUAGCCUGGAUUCCAAAUGGAACUGAACUGUUGGGAUUGGAAUUAGGCUUUCGAAUGAAAAAAAUACCACCAUUUCUAUUCCGUUAUCAUCAGCGUAUUAUGCAGUCAACACAAUAUAUCUGUAUUGAUGGUUCCAGUCUGACAAAUAAUUCUUUUCAAUUUGAAGAUACAGAACGAUUUGCCAGUAAUAAAUUAACACAAGUUGUAUUUCGUACUUCAACAUCAUUGAAAAGAGAACGUCUUCCACCGAAAGCGUUAGACAGUCAUCAUACAACAGAAUUUCAGAGUGAUGAAGAAAUUCAAGCAUGUCCAUUUAUUGUUCAACAUAAACCGGCUAAUAUUACUCCGAAUACAGAUUGUCAAUUUUCACCUGGAGGUCUACCAACUACAUCGGAUAAAGUUAGUUCACAUCAAGCAUUAGAACGAUGUCCAUUCCGUCGACUGACGCGGAAUAAACCACAACAAAGACGACGUAAAAGCAAUUCUGGUCUAGGUGAUGAAAUCAGUUUACCACCAUCAGUCCUUUCCGCUUGUCUAUUAAUUGUUGUCCUCCUGUUGACUGUCGGCAUCAUCAUCGCCUUCUGUGUUAUCAAUCAUGAAAAGUUGGUAUUGUGUAGAUCACGUAGUAGCAAGCGACGUGAAAGGGAAGCAGCAUUGGCUCAAGAAUUGGCUGAAAAGGCUGCUAAAGAAGCUGCAGCUGCUAGUGCAGCUGAGGCGGAACAACAACAAGCAGCUGCAGCUGCCGCUGCUGCAGCCAGACAUCCUAUCUAUGCAAGAUAUGGAAUGAUUCCACCGAAUAUGGGUGGUGCAUUCGGUGCUUUCGCUCCAAGACCAAUGGAUUUAACAUCAUCAUCAGCAGCAGCAUAUCAAGCAGUGUCUGGUGGAAAUAUGAAUAUGUCGUCUGGGAAUAUGGUACGUGGGAAUCCUGGUUACGGUGGACAUAAUAUGUAGAUGGCGGACUAAUCCAUGUGUACAGGAUACUUGAAAGACAAAUGGGAUAACAGAUAUCUUGAAAUAACUGAAAAAAAUUACGGAUGCCUUCCUUUUUAUGUUGUAUAGAAAUAUUAUUUACUAGACAGACACUAAUUAAUAAUGACUAACAUUCAUCUGCAUUUGUUCUGUUUGUUGAUUUUGUAAAUCUUGUUAUAAGACUC